GACUUCCGGGGUCAGCGGCGCGAGCUGUGCCGGUCGCCGCGCUGUGAGCGAAACCCGGAAGCGGUGCCGGGAUGGGGGAGUCCAUCCCGCUGGGCGCUCCGGUGCCGGUGGAGCAGGCGGUGCUGGAGACGUUCUUCUCCCACCUGGGCAUCUUCUCGUACGACAAGGCCAAGGACAACGUGGAGAAAGAACGCGAGGCCAACAAGUCGGCGGGUGCCAGCUGGCUGGCCGCUGCUGGCGGGCUGGCGCACCUGGCGGCCGCCGAGAAGGCCUACCACAGCAUGACGUUCCUGGGCCAGAAGCUAGGUGGUCAGUCAUUCUUCAGCCGAAAGGACUCCAUCCGAACCAUCUACACAUCCCUGCAUAAUGAGCUGAAGAAGGUGGUGGCGACGGGUCGCAAUGCACUAGGAGGAACAGCUCCUCACUUGGAAGAGCUGCUUUCUCACCUGUCUGAACAGCUCUGUUUUUUUGUUCAGGCUCGGAUGGAAAUUGCUGACUUCUAUGAAAAAAUGUACACGCUCAGCACCCAAAAGUUCAUUAACUCUGAGGAACUGGUAAACAUUUUGGAAUCCAUCCUAAAGAAAUAUAGCUCAAGAUUUCAUCACCCAAUCCUCAGUCCUCUUGAAAGCAGUUUUCAGCUGGAAGUAGAUGUGCUUGCGCACCUCUUAAAGGCUCAGGCUCAGAUCUCAGAGUGGAAAUUCCUUCCAUCCCUGGUCAACUUGCACAGCGCUCACACAAAGCUACAGACGUGGGGCCAGAUAUUCGAAAAACAACGAGAGACCAAAAAGCAUCUGUUUGGGGGGCAGUCCCAGAAAGCCGUGCAACCUCCUCACCUCUUCCUCUGGCUGGUGAAACUCAAAAACAUUCUCCUUGCCAAGUUUAGCUUUUACUUUCACGAGGCCCUUAGCCGACAAACGACCGCUUCUGAAAUGAAAACUCUGACUGCUAAAACCAAUCCUGAUUACUUUGGGAAAAUUUCCAGUUUCAUUCGUAAAUACGACGCUGUCAACGUCUCCUUAAUCUUUGACAAUCGUGGAUCGGAGAGUUUUCAAGGACAUGGUUAUCAUCAUCCCCACUCUUACAGGGAAGCUCCCAAAGGAGUGGAUCAGUAUCCCGCAGUGGUGUCUCUGCCCAGUGACAGGCCAGUUAUGCACUGGCCCAAUGUAAUCAUGAUUAUGACUGACAGAACCUCUGACCUCAACACUUUGGAGAAGGUUGUUCAUUUCUACGAUGACAAAGUCCAAAGCACCUAUUUUCUGACUCGCCCUGAACCUCAUUUCACCAUUGUAGUUAUUUUUGAGUCCAAGAAGUCAGAAAGGGAUUCUCAUUUUAUUUCUUUUCUCAAUGAAAUUUCACAUUCCCUUAAGAACUCCAAAGCUUUCGCAAGUUUGAAGCCUGGAUCCAAAGGGUAAAAUAAGUAAAUAAAACAAGUUAUCAAGGCAGACUGCCGGCCUUGGGGUAACCGCAGCUUCAAGGAUUGCAUGAACUCAUGAUUAUCAUCGUCUAAUUGAAAAGGAACCAUUAUUUUUAAUGAUAUAAGUUCUGUUAAAAAAAAAACAACUAACUGACUCGGGGAAAAAAAAGUAUUUUUGGCAGUAUUCAGUGGGUAACUGAACUGCGGGGUGCUGAAUGGCAACAGUGAGAGCUUCUUUGUGUGAGUGUGGUUUUCAAUUUGCAGUAUGAUUUAUUUUUUCAGUCCCCAACUUAGUUGCCUGUAUACCAGAGGAAUAUAAUAUAUGCACUUUAUUGUAGUCUAAUCUAUAGAGAUGACUGAAAAUGCGAUGAGGGUGGAAAAUGCAUAUUUUCAAAAAACCAAAAAACUGUCUGAAAAGAAUCACUUCUGGGAUCUGUACACCUAUGGAAGGGAAUAUUAAAAGGUGUGGGUCUGCAAGAGCACCGUUUAAAUAAAUCAGAUACAUGAAUCACAAAGGAGCUCCCUGAUUAAAACACUUUUGAAAUGGUC